AUGCUGGAGGAGCUGCUUACUGGAUACUCGGAUGCUGGGAGCCGAACACUGAAGCUGGGAGCUGAUUGCCGAGUGUCGAUUGCCGAGUGUCGAUUGCCGAGAGUCGAAUGCCGAGAGUCGAAUGCCAGAGAGUUGAUCGCUGAGAGUCGAAUGCCGAGAGUCGAAUGCCGAGCGUCGAUUGUCGAGAGUCAAAUGCCGAGAGUCGAUUGCCGAGAGUCCAACGCAAUCUACAGUGGCACCUGGCUCCUCAUUGCGACCCCCACCAUGGCAGACCAGACACCAGCAGACAAGGCAUCCAACCGAAAGGACACUACCAUAUUUCUAUGGCGAGAAACCGAAAAGGAUUUCUCCGUCCUCUGA